UUCGUGUGUGUGCAUAUGUGUUCAUUGUGUGUAUACAGUUUGUGUAUCAAGACCAGCCCUUUUCAGCUUUAUCUUUCUGUCCUCUAUUUGUUCUGUUUGUUCCUUCCAACCUCCAAUCAUCCAGACUCUGACCCAGGCUCCCUGCUGCAUCUAUCCCAGAUCCAGUGCACCAUGGGCAGCCUCAGGCUCGGCCACUGGUCCCUUAUCCUGGUCUACAUGCUUCUGUUGCACAUUCAGCUCGUUCAGGUGCAGAGAGUCGAUCCGGUGUCCCAGAAACUACGACGACUCAGUGAACAGUUCCAGCAGUUCCAGGCGCUGACCCAGGCCCGAUUGGACAUGUUGGCCCAGAACCAGAACAGAAACUUCUCCGGGGGGCUGGAGAGCCGAGUUCAGGCCCUGAAUGACCACUGGCACGACAUGUCGCAGGACCUCGAACAACUCAAGCAGAGCACGACGCAGGAGAUCGAGGGUCUCAGGGAGUGGAGUAGAAAGCUUGAAAAGAAGAGUAAACGAAUGGAGGGUCGUCUGGCUCUGAUGGAGAGGAACCUGAGAGAGAACCGGCGCCAAGCCCAGAAACAGAAGCCUGAUCCCGGUCAGGAUUUUGCUAACCUCACCCUGGAGCUCCAGAGCCAAGAGGAGCGGCUGGCUGCCCUUCAGAUCCAGCGUGAUGAGCUGCUCAUUGGGCUGAAGGGGCUACAGGAAUCCCUGAAGAACCAGGCACUGCGUGUGACCCGGCUGGAGGGCCGGCUCGGUGAGAUCCUGCAGCAGAACGGAGGAGGCAAAAGCAGAGGGUUGUGGAGGGCGGGAGAGCCCUUCAACUCCAACGUCACACCUCAGGAGUACUAUGAACCCAGCAGAAGAAGCCAGACACAGAGAGGAGGGAGGCCUGGGAGGAUACUGGACCCCCAACACAGAUCAGAGGAUAUCAGCUAUUCCAGGACUGAAAAUCCUCUACAGCCGUAUCAGUACCAGGCAACACCAAACCAGCCCAAACAUUCAAAGACCCAGAGGAUGAGACCUCAGCCAGAAUCUGCUGUCCAGUAUUCAAAUCAUAAUCCCCCGUCCACAGAUUACCUGCCCCAGCCUGAACCUUACCCUCCCCAGUCACAGAUCCAGGUCCGAGCCCAGACAAGGCCUUAUCCGAUCCAGCAGGAGCAGCUCCAGUCUCGCCAAAACACACCUUAUCGUCAUGUCCAGGUCCAGCAACGAUCCCAGCCUCAGUUAUAUCACCAGAGUCAACCCCAGUUACACAAUCCCAGUCACCACACUUGGCCGCAGCCCCUUCCUCACACUCCAGCCCAUCCUGAACCCAACAAAGACGGACAGAGCAGGACCAGUCCGGGGUCUCCACAGCCCCAGUCUGAGUCUCAUCAGCCCAGUGUGAACAGGUGGGAUGGAGGUGAGGAGGAAGAGAGUGACACAGAGGUAGAGUCUUCAGUGAUCCACAGCUUCCUCCAGCAUCCUCUGAGGCACAAGAUCCCUGCACGACCAGUUCCCAAAAAGGAUGCAACCAUCUGUAACGUGGACUCCAUGCUUUUCUUCCCUUCGGCCUCAGCGGAGAACUUUGUCACCUUCUUCCAGACUCUCCCCGACCUUCCUGAACUUUCUGUGUGUUUGUGGCUCCGUGUCGAGGCCUCACAUGUCGGCACGCUGCUUUCGUACGCCACAGACGACAACGACAACCAGUUAGUUCUGUAUGGACGCAACUCCUCUGCCUCCUCCUCUGCUUCUUCAUCAUCUUCCCACCCCUUCUACACCUCCUCCUCCCUGGACUUCAUCAUCGGAGACCCUGUCUACCGCCGUCUCCCUGCGUCGUCACUCCUGGACGCUCGCUGGCACCAUCUCUGCGUCCUCUGGUCCUCCAUCCAGGGUCGUUUCUGGCACUACAGUGACCGGCGCCUCGCCUCCUCAGGCUCCAACUUCAGGAAGGGCUGGGAGAUUCCCGGAGGUGGAUCAGUGGUGCUGGGGCAGGAGCAGGACACUGUCGGUGGAGGGUUUGACCCUGCAGAGGGGUUUGCUGGGCGGAUGGCGGGGUUCAGGGUGUGGAGCCGGGUGCUGAGUCCUAAAGAGGUGGAAGGGGUGGCAGAGGGAAGAGGUGUGCCCAGAGGAGUGGUGCUAGGUAUGGAGGACAUAAAGGAGGUACACGGGGAGGUGCAGCAGGUGGCGUGUGAAUGUUUAGAGCACUGUGUGUGAUCACGUUACAGAGGAGGAUCAUUUCUGCAGGGAAUGCUAAUUGUCUCUUUUCUUGCGUGCCUCUUAAAAGGCCAAAUAAACACAUUCUUCUCUCAGAUUUUUUUUUUUCAUAUUAGCUGGAUAAACACACAGCAUUAUAUUUUUUUCUGGAAUUAUAGGCUAUGCAAUAAUAAACUGAAUUUGAUACAUCAGUCAGUUAAUACACUACAAAGGAUCCUAGAAUAAUACAAAUGUGCUUGUAUAUGUGAUGUUUAUAUUCAUUACUUUCAUGUCAGCAAUAAUUCUGAAGGGUGAGUAUCACACUGUUUACAAUAGUCGUCUUCUUUGGGGUUUUAUAUCCUUUAAGUUGCAUCACUGCGUCUGUUUUCAAAAGUGGAUAGUUAAUUUGGAAUUAAACUCUUCAAUUAGUGGACUCGGUGUUUUAAUCUGUAUUUGUCACUCAUCUCUGUAUUUCAUCAAAGACUUUGUUUUUAUUUAAUCUUAGAUUUAAAGUUCGCUCAUUUCAGAAACA